AUGAAUGGACAUACGGAACAUCGAAGUGGUAAAUGGAAUCGACAAGAGUUAUACCGUUCAACAAUGCAAGCAUUAGAGGGUAGAUGCUCUACACGGUCAAAUGUUGCCAAAGAAUUUGAAAUUCAAAUACGUGAAUUCACUGCUACUUUAGAAUGUCAUUUGGUUGAUCUCCUUCGAAAACGUCUUGAAGAACUGAAUGAACCGGAUCGUUUGCUUAUUUCGAGGUUGAACAGAGCUUUAUGCGAGUUGGGAGAUAGUAAUUCGUCGGUGCUCAGUCGACCGCUUUAUCAUAUGUUGUCGCCCACCAGGCCAGCUCAUCAAGUUUGGACUAUGUGUACCAAGGAUCCUGAACGUUUGAAGGAUUUGAUUUCUGAAGUUUGUCGUAUGGCCAAUAUUACAUGCGAUAAUGGAGACGAACAGAAUUCAUGUCAAGUAAAAUUUAGCGCUGCACUACCAUCAGCAUGGAGUGCUGCUGACUGUGCUAAAUACUUGAUUGAAAAAGAAGAAGUAGCAAAUGAUAUACUAUCUGAACGACGAGCACGACAUUUCGGCAGUUAUCGUAGCAUGAAAAAUGGCUUUUCACUGAUGAAAUCAACAUCGCUAACACUGGAACAACGGUCAACAUCUUCACUUCCGACACUUGUUUCUUCAGAUGCUGCUACAAACCGCUUGAAAGAUAAUUCAUCGAUUAGUUUAAGACCAUUCAGCGAAUUAGCUAAAGAAAAAUUGACUUCUGACAAAAUAUUAAAUAGACAGAUGUCUGCUGAUGAUACCAGGACACAAAUACCGCUUGAACCAAGUGUUCUUAUUCGUGAAGUGAAGCAGCAGUCACUUCGAAAUUCAUCUCUCACCGAUGAAUCAGAUUCAGCUUGUGCUUUGAAAGAAGAACCUUUCAAUUCGACAAGUCCUUCGGCAACAUCUUCUAUCCCUGUGUGCCAGACGGAUAGCUCAUAUGAUAGUCAUGAUUUACAAGCUCCACUAUUUGAGCAGACGAUAUCUAGUUGUGAUCCAUCAACGUCAACAACUACUGUUACAUUAGGAAAUUUGCAAACUGAACGAAGUUUCAUGCAUUUCGGUGGACGAUUGUUUUCACGACCAAUUGAUAUUAUAUCUUUACCCAAUAUUUUUACCAAAAAACAACUGCUGGCUGUAUCUGAUAGUUGUGGAGGUGUAUAUAUAGUGACAUGUAAAGGUGAAGUGUUGCAACAUUUGCCAAUACGGGACUGUUCGGCAUCAUCACUGACCAUUGAUCCGACAAAUUGGCAUCUUCUAGUUAGCGUGAUGCAUAGCAAAGGACGAAGCAUACAUGUAUUUGAUAUUACAGAUCGUUUCAAAAAAGUUGAGGUAAUUCCUUGUCCUAGAGAACCAAAGAUUGAGUUGAGCAGGACGAGAUGGAUAACAGUGAGUCCACGUGGUGAAUUAUUUGCAGUUUCCGGAGACAAUCAUCGAUCAGCAAUAUGGAUGUAUAAUCAAUCCAGAAAGGGAUGGAAGAUCUUAAAGGAAUCGAGAAAAACUCGAUAUCAAUAUCUUCGAGUGGCCGAAGAUCAAGCUGAAUACAAAGCUGUAGUACUACUAACAUGUGACGCAGCUCAAAACCGUAUAUUACUGUUCGUAGUGGAUCAUACUGGUACAUUAAUCAACGAAUAUGAUUUAACGAAAACAUACAAACUCUAUGAAUAUAUAAAAAAUCCAGCUAGUGCUGUUGUCGAUUCACUUGGAAAUUUGUUGGUGCUUGACUAUGCUACUAGUCGUUUAUGGGCAUUAUUGGGCAGUACGAAAGGAAUGCGUCAUAUAAAAGAAAUUGUUAUUCCUAUCGCAUUGGGUCCCCAAGAAGCUCUUGGAAUUACUGUUCAUGAUGACUGGAUUUACAUAACUUGUUUUGCCCGUCGGGAAGUUAUUUGCUUGAAGUAUUUGAUGAAUGGCGUAUUAGCAUCGUCAUGUAGCACAAGCACUUUGGGAACGCCGAAAUCAGAUCGAAGAGCUAUUUCGCUACCAAGACCGACAAUGAAACCAAAUCAAGUUUAA